CCGCACGGCUAUUCUUAGCACAAAUUCGGCGCAUCUGUCCUGAGCAAUCCCCAAUUCCAGCCGCAAAAAGUUUGGAUUUUCCAUGAUUUGAGCGAUGGGUUUUGUGGCUUCCUUCUUUAAGCCAGCAGGUCAGCUGCUACUCCUGCAGCCGCUUCAUUUGCUGACCGUUCACAUGGUCUUUGUACUUCAGAGCAAAAGAAUUGGGUGCAGGUCAACUGCUUUGCUUACACUAGCUGUUUUUCCCUCUUUCUCUGAUAUCCAAUUAACCCAUUUCUGUAUCAAUUCCGUCUCAUGUUGCCGAAUUCUUGGAGCCCCACGUGAUAGUUGUACUUCCGAGGAGUGAAAUGGGGAACUUUUUGUUAGUUAUGCUGCGAAGUAGCGUUCCUAUCCACUUAGCCUGUGCCUUUUCCAGCGGCUGACGAAAUGGGAUGCACGUAUUUAACAGUGCAUCGUGCUGCCUCCUCUGCUUUGUGAGCUGCAAUCAAAAUCCUCCGAGCCUUUACACCUUGUUCUUUGGAGCCUCUCUGGUUCCUUUUGCUGCGGUUCCUUCGACCAACCUUUUAACUUGAAGUCUACACCUCAUCCUAGGCGCAAAGCUUUUUGCAUUUCCCUAUCUGAUUUAUCGUUGCUGUUACCAGAUAACAAUGGCAAGGAGAUGUCUAUCAGUGCAUGAAGUCAACGACAAGAUGAGAAGGUGGACAGUGCUUGUGCAAGUUGUGGAGAAAUCGCACGUGUUAACCAGUAACAGAUCGCCGCCUAUCAGAUUUCAGCGUCUCGUGUUAACAGAUUCUGAGGGGACUCUGGUUUCAGCUGUCAUUUAUGGAAAUGACAUUCGCUAUUUUUCUAAUCUGCUUCAACCAUUCAAGCGAUACUAUAUUACUGGUGGGACUGUCAAAAAACAGGAUGCAAAGUAUAAAGUUAGUGACUAUCAGUUCUCAUGGGUGCUUCAUAACAAGACAUUAGUUGAAGAGUAUGUCGAACCAAAUCCACCACUGCUACCAUGCACUUUUGAAUUCACCAAAUUUGAAGACCUUUUUAGGUUCACAGACACAGAGAAUGUUCAGAAUUUACAAGCUGUUGUUGUCACUGCAUUUGCGACAAAGGAACAGAAUAACGGGUGUACAACAAGAGACUUCAUUGUUGUGAAUGAAGAGAAAAAGCCAAUGCUUCUUACUCUUUGGAAUGAGUUCGAACAAAAUCAGGGAACACAGCUUGCAAAUAGUAUUGGGAAUGCCAACGUUAUCAUUGGCAUGAAGCUGAAAAUCACAACUUUUAAUUACUUAUCCCUGACAACCAAGCCUGGGAGUGGCCUUCUGAUUAAUCCUCCCACUUCUGAAGCAAAUGCACUCAAAGAUUGGUAUAAUGCAAAUAAAGAAGAAAUUGCAGAAUUGAUACAACAAAUGGCAUACAAAGAUUCAUCUAAGCUGCUGCCACCUCCAAGUUCUAAAGACAUCAUCAGUGUAGCCAAUGCACUCAACACACUCAAAGAUGUGAAAACAGCUUGGAUAACCGGCAAAAUCAGCUUGUCCCCUGGACAACAAAAAUUCUGGUUUGAAGCAUGUGAGAACUGCCAAAAGUCUAUCAAUGUUGACGUAGGAUGGGUUAUGAGAUGCUCAUCUUGCAAAGAAGAGAGCAAAGUUAUAGCAAGGACCCGAGUUGGGAUUGCUGUUGAUGAUGGUACGGGCUCCAUAAAUACCGUUAUCUUUGGCCUUGAUGCUGAAAAGUUUAUCCCAUUUACAGCACUUCAAUUCUGGGAAGCUCAUACUGAGGAGCUUAACUUUUCUGCUGAACUAGCAUCUGCACUUGGAAAGCAUGCAAUUGUGUGUUUCAUUCGCUACUAUGAGUCAGAUUAUCAAGGCCAAAAGGAAGGCAAGUAUAAUAUUGUCAAGGCAUACACUGCUGAGGAAUCAACUCACAUUCCAAUGGCCAUCACAACUGCAGAAGCCAAUGAAAUAAUUCCAGACCAGCAAGCUACUGUCCUGCAGCCUACCAAGAAGACUGAAUUUUUCAGUCCAUCAACCAAAAAGAUCCUUGAUGCCAUUGCUGAAUCAUCUACUGCUGCAAAUGAACUGCCGCCUGCAGUGACAACAGCAAAGAGGGCCUUGGUUUUUGGAACUGUGCCUCCUGGAAUUGGUUUGGAUUCUGCUGAAGCUAAUACACCUACCUUGCUGUCCAUCAAUGCACCUGGAAGUCCAUUGAAGAAGCAGCGUGACGAUGAACUCUGA